GAAAAAUUCUACUAGUUGCCGAUAAAAGGAAAUCCGUGGUGUGCUUCGGACUCGAUUUCAAAAUUAAACGCUCGACGACCAUGCACAAAAUCUCUCGUCGAUCGAGAUAACCGUUAUGUAAAUUCAUUCGGACGUUGGGUAUUCCGGAAUCAGUCAGCUGAAGGAAGUUUCGAGAGGUGUCGGGCCGAGAUAUCGCACGGAAAGGAUCGCGAAGCUCUGACUGAUUAACGUAGUAAGACUACGUUUAGAAGGCAGCCAUCUUGCAAUCCCUAAUCAAAGAUCUUCGGCUAGCGGGUAUCGUUCUCUCUCUGGUUUUUUCGGCCAGUUAAUAUCAACACACAGUUCUUCAAAUGGCUUUAAAACGAAUUAAUAAGGAACUUCAGGACCUUGGAAGAGAUCCACCCGCGCAAUGUUCUGCAGGCCCCGUUGGAGAUGAUCUAUUCCACUGGCAGGCAACUAUUAUGGGACCACCUGACAGUCCGUAUCAAGGAGGCGUAUUUUUCCUAACAAUUCACUUUCCCACAGACUACCCAUUUAAACCACCUAAGGUUGCUUUCACGACUAGAAUUUAUCAUCCUAAUAUCAACAGUAACGGAAGUAUUUGUUUGGAUAUAUUAAGAUCGCAAUGGUCACCAGCACUUACUAUAUCAAAGGUGUUACUCUCAAUAUGUUCUUUGCUCUGCGAUCCAAAUCCAGACGAUCCAUUAGUACCAGAGAUAGCAAGGAUAUACAAAACUGACAGGGAGAAAUACAAUGAAUUGGCACGCGAAUGGACGCGCAAGUAUGCCAUGUGAUGCGCCAAUCUCCGUUGACCUCAACAUCCGAACGCCACCAACAAGCAGCCCCAGCCUAUUGCCACUUAUGCAUCAGCACAGAUUGAAAUUAGUUAUGGCUCGUCUACUUUUAAACUUAAGCCGCGACUCAGGCCCGAAGAAUCCUCUCAGGCAAGCGUCGACGAACUGUGGAGUUUCCCUUCGCCCUGGGUGGCCCGCGAAUACUAAGACGUUGCCACGAUGGCAAUCAAGGCAAUUUUAAAGGUGGUCACACAUACACACACAUAUACACAUAUACACACACGUACACGAACACACACAACAUUAUAUACAUAAUUCAGAUUACAAAAAAAGGAAAAAAGGGAAAAAAAAAAUGACAAAAAAAAAUUUACCAACAAACAUGUCCGCUUUGAUUUUCAUAAAUAAAAAAGGGAAAAAAGAACAUAUGGAAGUAAAAGAAAAAAUAACAUAGGAGAGUGAAAGUAGGAUUUGUAUUUCAAUUGAAUAGUUUAAUUUUUAAUUAUAUUGUGCUUAUAUAUGGAUAACUGUAAUAUUAUAUACCUACUUUCUCAGUGAAAUGGAAAUGAAAAAAAUACAAACAAACAAACCUUCGAACUGACAGCACACCGAUUGUUAGUUUAAAAAAACGCAAGUGAGCAAUGUUUGCCCGUCCCCUGGAAUGAUACGGUCACUUUUUUGUAAGACUGGGCUAUAUAUAAAUACUAAUGAAACUAUACCCAUACGUUUUGUUCAAUUAUUAAAAUUCCUUACCUCGUCUGACAAAUUCUACGAGUAACUCGUAAUUAUUAAAUGAAAUUAUAACUUCAUUACGGCAUUUCUUUUGUUCCUGUUACUGGCGCGUAGGUAUAGUUUUAUCGUCGCAAGUAUAUCGUAAAAAUAUUUGCAAGCGGAAGUUGAGUGAUUGUCUUUCUUUGUAAAUUGUCAAUUCAAAAUUCAAACUCAAAAUUAUAAUACAUAAAUUCUUUUUCUUUUUUUUUCGACGUUAGGUCAAUCAAAUUUUAUUUUUAUUUCUACAAAUGAUUUGUGAUCUUUUUACUUUAGUAAUAUCAAUUUGGUACCAACGAGAUGGCAGUCAUUUUUACAUAAUUUUGCCGGGCUGUUUGGCUUGAAUAAUUAAAAAAGGAUGAAUAAGUUAAUGAAUAAAUAUAUGAAUGAAUAAAUAAACAAAUACAAAUAAAUACACAAGUAUGGAAAUUAUAGUCAUCGAUGUUGUUCGUUGGUAAACGAUAAGUAAAAAAAGAUCGGUCCGAGUUCUGUCCGUUUGAAGUUUCCUCAUCAAUCACCUUUAAGAAAAGUAGAUUAUAUAAAUAUUUCAGUAAAAAGGAACGACAGAGAGAGAAAAAGAUAAAUGCGAUUGCCACAGAAAUGUAAAUGGGGGAAGAUUUCCUCUAGGAAAAAUAAAAAUUUUGUCGUUCGUAGUAUUAUUUACAAUAUACAUAUAUAUAUGUGUAUAUAAUACAAACAUAUAUAUAUAUCUAUAUAUCUGCGAAAUCAUGAAUUUGCCGGCCGUUGAUAUGCAACGUCGUUAUACUCAUGUUAAUAUAUAUAUUAUUAUUAUUAUUAUUAUUAUAUUAUUAUUAUUAUUAUUAUUAUUAUUAUUAUUAUUAUUAUUAUUAUUAUUAUUAUUAUUAUUAUUAUUAUUAUACUUAUUAAUUUUGCGUGCGAGUUUUUUCCCCCGUUUUGUGCGGCAACUUUGCUAAUUAUUACUUCUAAUCUCUAAUCUUCUUUAAUCCACAAUAACGAUAUAUGUAUUACGAGAUCAGAGUCAACGAGACUAGUUAGGAGGAUCGAAAAAUCGUCGUAAAUCUUUUAAUAAGAAUUUUAUCGCCUAUUAUAACUAUUGUGGUUGAGAAGCUGAGAUCGGAGUAUUAACUUUUUGAAACUUAACUUGUAUUACUUGCGAGACUGCAUGAAUGCGUUAAAUUGCGAUGCGGUAGUACGUACAUACAUACAUACACACGUACAUACAAUACAUACGUUUAGUAUACGUUAAAUACGAAGGAUACCACACAAUACGAGUGCACUAUUUUCUUUAAAUAUAUAUAUAUGCAUAUAUAUAUAUAUGUAUGUGUAUAUUCAUAUAUACAUAUAUAUAUGUGUAUAUAUAUAUAUAUAUAUAAAUAUUUUUUUUUCUAAGCGAUGUUAAGCAGCGUUUCAGCUUCUAAAUAAGCUUUUCGCCCUAAUUCCAAAGCGGGGAUUUUGGAGUCAAAGGAUGAUAUCACGUGUUUAGAAGAUAAGAGAAACAAACAAAAAAAAAAGAAAUCUCUUUACGUGUAUGUACCUUUACCCUUUACUUUCUCUCACGAUGCGAUCUAUUUAGGAAAAGAAACGAAAGAAAAAAGUAAAUACCGAUAAAUUUUUACCGGUGUCGUAAACUGGUCUAAACCAAAAUGGCGGAAAAAUAAAGAUGAAUGAAAUAAGAGAAAAAGAAAAAAAAAAAAACGAAAACAAUAUCGCAUUCUGUAAAAGCGCCCGGUCGGAUCAUUUCGAACAAGAUAUUCUCGAUUAAUUAACGAAAAUGUAUUGACUUCUUUUUUCUGUAAUUUAUUUGCAAGUAAGAGCGAAUGAAUGAUGAUGACGAUGAUGAUAACGAUAAUGAUAAUGAUAAUGACGAUGACGAUGACGAUGACGAUGACGAUUGAAGAGUAAUCUGUGAAGAAGGGAAACGAGACAAAGAGUAAAGUGAAAAAAAAUACCAAAAAAAAAAAAGAAAAAAGCGAUAUAAAUCCGACUCACCAAUAAAUUUUGACAAGAUCUCCUUCUCCUUUUCCUCCUCCUCCUUCUGCUCCACCACCCCCUCCUCCUGCUACCUCUUUCUGCUCCUUCUUCAUCCCUGUCUCCUCUUUUAUUCUCCCGAUUAAUCUAUCGUUAUCGUUCAAGCGUCUAUUAGGAGCAAAGAGAAAAAAACACAUAAAAAAAAUAAGAAAAAAAAAAAAGAGAAAUUAUUCGUGCGUAAUUAAUUAAUAAUAAUUGAUGUCGUAUAAGGAAACAACAAACAGCAACAAACGGAAAAUAAGGGAAAAAGAACAACAAAAACAAAAUAAUAAUAAUAAUAAAAAAGAAAAAAGAUAACGGAAGCAAAAGAACACGACGAACAUUUUGAAUAACUUAUCUUGUGUACAUUUUAGCAUUAUUAGCCCUUUAUAUAAAUAAAGUCCACAUCUGAUGAUAUGACUCUGAAGACUUUAUGUGAAUCACCUGAGAAUAAUAAAUAGAAAGAAAAGGAAAAAGAGAUAAAGAAUCGAAUUAACGACGAAAAUGAAAAAAGUAAAGGAAAAAGAAAAAAAUAAUGUAAUGUUAAAGUAGGAUCUAUAGAUCGGUCGACGCGAAAGCGGUGCGCGGCCCGCUUUCACGAUCUCGGAAAGAUCGAAAUUUCUCUCUCUCUCUCUCUCUCUCUCUCUCUCUCUUUCUCUUUCUCUUUCUUUCUCUCUCUUUCUCUCUCCUUCUCUAUUUGUUUCCUUCUCUGUCUGUUUCUUUCUCAUUCUUUCGGGGUGUGAGAGGUGCAGUGCGGUGAAAGUGUAGGACGGGCAAAACAAACGCGUCUUUCUUUAGGAGAAGAUACUCAUUUUAAAUAUUAGAAAAGAGAAUGGUACGAAAUACUAUUAAAUGAUAAAAAAGAAAAUAAAGAUUCGCGAAAGAUUCGUAAUAAAGCGUGAAAUAAAAUGAGGAGGAGCGUUAAUUUUUUGUUUUUCGACUUGAUAAUAAUGAUACGUACGUGAUGUGUACUAUAUAAUUUACAAUUAUCAACUGACCAAGCAUGUUCGUGACGUAUUAAACCAAUGGAGAUAAAUUAUACACGAACUUUCUUGUUUAUCUGAUAUAAGAAAAAAUUCAAUCCCUCCUUUUUUUUUCUUCUUUUUCUUCGUUUCGAAAUAGAUAAUCGACAAAUUUUGUAUUCGAUAUUCUAUAUACAUAGAAUAUUAUAUAAUAUAUAUAUAUAUAUAUAUAUAUAUAUAUAUACCAUAAUUAUAAAGAACAAAUGAAUAAUAUAAUACAAUAAGAAUACAUAUUUCUCGAUUAUCUCUCUUAUAUAAACAUAUAUCGUAUGUACUAACGUCAAAAAGGAGAAUAGAUUUUUCUUUCAUAAAAAAAAAGAAGAAGAAGAAAGAAACAAAGUAAGAAAAAUCUUUUAUAAUCGACCUACACGUUAUCUAUACGCACACGCACAACAGAAACGAGUAAACAUUUCUUUUUAAUUUAUCAAAAAUAAAUUCGAGCAAAGAAGAGAGUAAGAACAAAAGAGAGAAACAGAAAAAGGAAUAUAUUAUAUUUUAAAUAUUUUUUCAAACCUUUUUUCGCGAUCGAAGAUAAAGAGAAAUAGAGAGAGAGAGAGAGAGAGAUAAAGAGAGAAGGAGGAAGAGAGUAAGGAAGAGAGUGAGGUCGAGGUAGAGAGGGAAAGAGAAAAAAACGAAAUGGUUCGUCGGAAUGAUUCCGAAAGUAACCUCGCACGCGUUGCCCUUCCGUUUGCUUGUGUUCAUUGGUCGAUGAUCGUUCGCGAGGCUUCGCGCUUUUCUCUCGCGUCGAUUCAGUCUCAGUGCCGAGCACGACGCGAUCGGUACCGCAUAGGAGGAGGACUCUUUCGGACGUCUUCGUCUAAAAGGGAGAGAGAAAGAGAGAGAGAGAGAGAGAGAGAGAGAGAGGGGGAGAGAAAGGGAGAGAAAGGGAGUAGAUCGAAAAUGUGCUGAUUUAUUAUACCAGUGAGCGAGUUUUCUAUCAACGUACAAGUUUCACAAUUUUUAAUAGACGUACACAUAUAUAUAUAUAUAUGUAUAUGUAUAUGUAUAUGUAUAUAUGUGUGUGUAGUGUAUAUAUAUAUUUUUUCUCUUUCGUUAAG